AGUGAUGAGGAACACAAUGUGCUGUUGGUGCUGGUUUAUGGUCGGAAACUAUUCGUGGAGGCACUGGGAAGAUAGUUGUUUACAAACAACAAAGUGUCAGAAACAAACCGAAAGCGUUGCCGAAAAUGAAUAAUUGUAGAUAAUCGUUAAUUUUCUCAACAGUACGGAGGCUCACAACAGUCUUUAGUGAAUAUAAAAUAUAUCCUCGAAUAAUAUUAACACCGUGUCUGUGGGGGCAGUGCGAUAAGGCUGAGCAGGUGCAGUGUCUAAGUUACACAGAGGUGUUGGCUGUGGGCAGUCAGCAGGACACAUGGCAGAGGAAGGCAACAAGCUGACACUGAGGCGCCUGGAGGCACCAAUCCACAAGUUCAUUAAAGUCGCUUUACCCACGGACCUGGAGAGGCUUCAGAAACACCACAAUAACAUACUGAAGUACCAGCAGAGCCAGCAAUGGGACCGCCUUCACCAGGAGCAUAUCAAUGCCAGCAGAACUGUUCAGUUGAGAGCUAACAUCAGAGAGAUGGAGAAGCUGUGCGCUCGGGUCCGUGCCGAAGACGCUGCCGCUAUGGAAGCACUUGUCAAGCCAGUCAGGGACAGGGCAUCAGCCGCCGCACGAGACUUCCUGCUUUUGCACUCUAACCCCAUGCCUCAGCCUGUGUCAGCACCACCACCUGCCGCUCAGCCAUCCAGCUGUGUGUCCAGCAGUUGCCAUGCUGAUGACUAUGUGGGCGAGGAAUCGGUGUCUGGCAGGCAAAUUCAGCUCCACCUUCCAGAAAUCCCUGCUGAUCAGAGUGCUGCUGAGUCCUGGGACAACCUGGAAGAAGAUCUGAAGGAGCUAAGUGGUUUGGUGACGGAGUUCUCUCUGCUCGUCCAUUCCCAGCAGGAGAAGAUUGACUGCAUAGAGGACAACGUGAACACAGCCGCUGCCAACGUGGAGGAGGGGACCAAGAGCCUGGGGAAGGCAGUGGGCUACAAGUUGGCGGUGUUGCCGGUUGCUGGGGCACUGCUUGGCGGUGUAAUAGGAGGUCCACUUGGCCUGCUGGCUGGGUUCAAAGCUGCAGGGGUGGCUGCUGCUCUGGGAGGGGGCGCCCUGGGGUUUGCGGGGGGCAACCUGGUCCGGAAACACCACAAAGCCCAAGUGGAUAUACAGAUGAAACAACUGACUGCACCACCACCAGAACCACCAUCUGAACCAGAGUCAAGCAAGGACAAAUGACCCACCAGUUCUGGUCCGUCCUCUGAUCUCAGGUGCUGGCUAAUCACUGAGGCGUCAGUAUGGACUGAGCAGUCAGAAACAAACUAGACCUCCGGCGGUGCUCACAUUGCCUUAAAGAGACUCAAUAUUAGACGUCAUCGUCAAGCUUUGUGGUUACCAAGCACAGCUGUAAAACAAUUAUGUAAUAACAGCUUUACUUGAGAGUCAGAUCCUUUGACGUUCGGAUGUGAAUGGUGUUUCUGUGAGGACAUUAAUCUAAUUUUGUACACACAAAUGAUUUUUUUUUUUUUAUUCUGAACACAGUUGAGGAAUUAUUUACACUACAGUUUUUAGUGUGUGGUUGUGUCAGCCUGACAUGGCUGUGCGCACAUCUCAUUACUUAAAGAAGUCUUUGGCACCAAAUAAAUUAAUUUAACAAACCCAACCAUUCUGUCAAAUGCUGUCACUAACAAGAACACCGUUUGUGUGUUCCUCGAGCUAGCAUCUUUUUUUCAAAUUAUUCUUUUUCACCAGUGAUUAUGCCUCAAUAUUCCUUUUAUGCAGAAAAUAAUAUCCUAAUGUGAAUACAUACAAUAAUAAUGAUGUAUGGAGAAAAUGUUUAUUUUGCCUACCGUCACUGUGGUGUUACUUAUACUUAAUAAUGUAAAUUCAAGUGGUCCUGCUUUUAAAUUAUACUGUAUAUAUAUUUGUGAGAGCAACAUUGCACAAAAAGCGCCAAAGUGCCACUGUCCAGAUCACUUCAGGGAUUGGAGUGUAAAAACCUGCCAUGUAUUGAUUGUACUGCUGCUGGUUUUCAAUAAAAUGUUUCUUUUCAACA